AUGGCGACCUCAAUCCCCCUUCCCCAAACCCUCCAAGCCAGUGCGGACGCCACUAAAGUCGAAUACGUCCAACUCGGCACCUCUGGUCUACGCCUCUCCUACCCUAUCCUCGGCGGGAUGACUCUCGGCUCCUCCCAAUGGGAAAACUGGGUGCUGGAUGAGGACGCCGCACUGGAGAUCCUCAAAGCAGCAUAUGACCGUGGAAUCAACACUUGGGAUACUGCAAACGCUUACUCCAAUGGCGCGAGUGAAGAGGUGAUGGGAAAGGCGCUGAAGAAAUUCGGGAUUGAGAGGAGAAAAGUUAUUAUCAUGACCAAGUGCUGGGCGCAUGUGGCAGAGGAGGCAGGGGUGGUUACAUUCAUGUAUGGCCCGCAGAUGGAACAAACUAAAGACUAUGUCAACCAAGGAGGCCUCUCCCGCGCCGCUAUCUUCGACGCAGUCGACGCAUCUCUCGCCCGCCUACAAACGUCUUACAUUGACGUCCUUCAAAUCCACCGCUUCGACCCUACCACACCUAUCGAAGAAACUAUGAAAGCGCUACAUGAUCUCGUGCAAAGUGGGAAAGUGCGAUAUCUCGGCGCAAGUUCGAUGUGGGCGACGCAGUUUGCGAAAAUGCAGUUUGUGGCAGAGAAGAAUGGGUGGACGAGGUUUGUUGGGAUGCAGAAUCUCUAUAACCUCUGCUACCGGGAAGAAGAACGCGAAAUGAUCCGCUUCUGCAAAUCCACCGGCGUGGGCCUAAUCCCUUGGUCUCCUAUGCUUGGAGGAAAGCUGGCGUGGCCAUUAAACAAAAAUACUUCCGUCAGAGCGACAACUUCCUCUCCCAUGAACCCCGUCCUCACUUCCGCAGAUGAGGAGAUCAUUCGUAGAGUCGAGAAAGUCGCGAAGGAUAAGGGGUGUAAGAUGAGUCAGGUUGCACUGGCUUGGGUUCGGAUCAAAGGAGGUAUUCCGAUUGUGGGGUUUAAUAGCGUCGAUAGGAUUGAAGAUGCGUGCGGGUUGCGGGGGUUGAAAUUGUCGGAUGAAGAGGUGAAGUUUUUGGAGGAACCGUAUGUGCCGAAGAAUGUUAUUGGGCAUUGGUAAGUCUGUAUUGAGUAUCAUGGGCUUAUGAG